UUUUGUUACUGUUGCAGCAGCGUCGAAGUUGUCGCUGCAUAUCUUCGUAUCGUAGACCCAGCGAAGCGUAGUCUAUGGGUGAGGAGCAGGAGCUGGCUCAGUCGACGCUACCGCUAUCGCGGCUGACGAAACAGGCCAGAUAGUGUUCGUAGUCGAGACAGACGAAUGCAUAGCACCAACGGUAGACUGUAUUCAGUUGUGUGACGGCGCGGAAGCACCAACGUUCGGCCUGAUAGUUAUGCGUGAGUGCAAUCGCCGUACCAAUAAUACGACGCACAAAACAACGUACCAUUAAAUGGCAGAAGGUCGGUGCCUCUUGUUGAUGUUGAUGCGGUUCACAACACGUGACGUUCAUAUAGAUAGAUAUAACUAGAGGGUACGAGUCGGUUAAGGAACGGAUUAGUGCAGGAUACAAGUGUAAAAGUGACAAUCGGACGGCGACAGUGGCCGGCAGGAUGGCCUGCCUUUUCCUGCUAUGCCUUUUGGUGAGAGCCGCUUUAUGCGUAGAUGAAGGCUCUGUAGCUGAAGAGCCUUCAGUGUUCCUGCAGACAGCCUUGAAGGCGCACGACCGUUCACAGAAAACUAGUUCGAGGAACAUUGAGGUCGAAUGUGACCCCGAUGCUAUCACAAUUCAGCUUCGAGGAACUCGAAAUUUCAACGGAAUGAUCUAUCCAAAGGGCUUAUCGACGAAUUCGUCGUGCAUGAUGCAGUACAGUAAGGGAAUAAGCGACAGCUUGGUUUACAAGCUGCCGUUACGUAGCUGCAACACGAUGAGUACUGAUGUCAGGGGCGGCGUCGAAUAUUUUAACACUGUUAUCAUUGAGCCUCACAGGAAAGUCGUCACCAGUCGCGGAAAAGGGUUUCACAUACGCUGCAAAUACCAUACACUUCACAAUCAUACAUAUGCGUUUGAGGCAAGAGCCGUUGAUAAGGCCGAACGACCUGACGUCCACAUGAGAAUCUACGUUGGAAAUUCAGAAAAGCAGGUUGUGGCAGAGAACGUCAAAAUCGGAGAUCCCCUCACAUUGUCAGUCGGCAUCGAACCCAAUUCGAUGUACGGAAUCCGUGUCACGAAUUGCGUGGUGCGAGAUGGCUUCAACUGGGGCGCUCAACCCCUCGUAAAUAACGAAGGGUGCCCAAUCGACAAAGAGAUUAUGCCCGGCUUCGAGUAUAGCGACGGAACUUCAAAAGCAACGUCGACGUUCCUUGCUCACAAGUUUCCUUACACGAAAUCUGUUUAUUAUCAGUGCCACGUCCGACUCUGCCACAAGCCAUCAGGCGGUUGUGACGAUGUGCCUCCAACUUGCGAUGGCCUCCGGCCAGACCGGCGUGACCGAGGUCGAAUGCCACGAUCGUUAAGUCGGAGCAUUCGUGAUGUCGAGGAAAUUAAAGCGAUCGAGAUUGGUGACAAGAGCACUGAGGUAUUUUCGGGGCUUUACGUCAACGAACCUUCCGACGUCGAGAGGGAAACAUUUUCCUCGCCGGCUAUCAACGAAUCAUUCAACUUCUGCCUGUCAACACGUAAGUUCGCGCUCGUCGUAAUCCUCUCAGGCAUCCUGCUGCUGCUACUUGUCCUUCUACUUGUUUGGUGCAUCAUGCAACGCCGCCGCAGAAAGGGAUCUUCCGGAAAUUCAUCAAUCUAUUCCGGCGCUUACUCAAACCGCGCGUACAGCCACUAAACAUUCGGUUAUCAUCCCGGAUACUCCGAAGCAAGAGAACUCGCUGUGUGGGUUGGCCAACAUUUCACCAAUGACGUAUUUUUCCCUUUUCUCAAUCCCAGCUUCGUAUCGACCUUUAUCUACUGCCCACGGCUACGUACGAUUGACCAGUACGUAAUGAACUUCUCAGCUGAAAAGGAGCACUAGUAGAGAAGAUGUAAAACGUUGUACAUGUGGGAGCCUUAGCGGGACAAAAAGGACAACUAUUGCAAGACCUAAAUUAGCAGCUGCUGUUGCCUUUACCUCUUAUGCCGCCGCACCGACUACGUUGUAAAUUGGGGAUAAAAGUAGUUUUCUACAUUAGCAAGUUGAAAGGAAGAUAUCGUGCAGGGCUUCUUAAAAGAAGCCAAUAGGCUUAUACAAGUCAGCUAAAAAAUUUUCGUACGAACGAACAACCUGCUGAUAGUAGGCCGAGAAUGAACGGGAUGUUUUUGCGCAGGUAAUUGCUAAAGGAAGAUAUAACGAUAGCUACGUGCACUAUGCAUACGCUCGCGUUCACUUUUUGUGAAAGAGAUCUUUUGUGGUUGCAGCUUGUUCUUCCUUGUUGUUUUUUCUUGCUGUUCCCGUUUUACGUGUGCUAGCUUUGAUAUUUUACGGGAGAACAGCUGUUUCAAAUCUGGCAGCCAACAAGCAGCAUUAGCUGACCUUUGACUUAGAAUCUUGGCUUCUCUGCAAAGGCUAAUUUGCAGAGCGAUGCUAAAAUUGCCAGCUUCAGUUUUAGGUUUACACUUCGCAUAAAACACUGUCUGCGAUUCCGUUGACGGGUGGUCCGAACAACGGACAACGAAUAGGAACCCUUCAUUCUUCGCUCAGGCCUGCCGCCGCCGCCACGGUGAAAUUUGCUGGCCCACUAGUGUCAACUUGGUGGGCAUCGGGGUAAAAUAAGCUUGCCGUGUCAAAGUGGGCAGCAGGAACUUGGACGGACGGAUGGACAGGCAAGCCGACAAGGAGCAGCGACAGGAAUUCCCAACAAAUUGGCUGGAAAGCACCUGCCUCGACCUCCACUUUCCUGGCAAACCAUGAUGCUGUCACUGGUAAAACCGGGCAAGGCGAGUAUAUGUUCGGAGUGCCCCAGUAACGAUUUCCCAACGGCAAUCCAGGGGGCCGCCAAAUGAAAGUGGACGCUUCAGUGAGUAAAGAGCGAAAAGCGCGCGGAAAUGUUAGGUCGUAUGGCAGCGGGCUCACCAGGGGACAGCACCAGAGGUUUGAUAGAGACAGGCUACCACAAAUAAUGGAUAAAUAUGGGGAUCUGUGAAUAUAUGCAAAAGCUCGUUGCGAGCGUCGUCGGACGGGUAGCCGUUCGCUUUAUGGCAAUCGUUAGGCAAAAUUUGCGUGCGUUGCGCUUCUAUUAGGCAAGCGGAUAUUUUCAUUUGUUCUUGGUUUCCCUUUUUACCGGUGUUGUCUAUUUUGCUUUAACCCACUCGUUCGCCUUCAAUCACGGUAUUUCUGUACUGAAUCUCGCAACCCUCAACGAAAAAUCCUCACAAAAGCGGCAGUUAAUGAUAGCCAUUAAGAAGGGAAGAGGGGAUAGUAACGGCUAAUUGGACGGCAGAAUGGUGGUGCACCCAUUUGGGACGAGAAAAUAACGAACAGAGAGGUAACGAAACAGGCCGGACACAGACUUGCCAUGGAUGUGAGAACUGCUUCCAGCCCCCCAUGACAAAGGCUAACAGAACGAGUAUUCUGGUUUGCAGAACUAGAACCAGAAAUUGGUUGUACAAGAAAGGAGGGCUUCUUAUAGAUUUAGGUUGAGAUUGCGAAAGCAAAAUAGACCUGAGGCAAAACCCAACCGUUCUCACAAUCAAAUCAGCGUCUAUAGUCAAUGAGAAAAGCUAACUAAAACGAAACGUAACGGUCGGCUGAACAUUGGCUAACAUCAGUCAAUACCCGUCUCAAUAGAACAACGGAAAAGUACUAUGACGAUUUCGACUAUUGACUAGUAAACUCGCAGUACGUUAGUCAAACAGGACAUUUACAAAGUUUUUUUUACUGAUGUGCCACUAUUCUAUUGUAGUAUUUUACUUUAAGCAGCAUAACCCUGAAAUAUAAAGGACAAUAUUUUGCUCGGUCCGUCAUGCCAGGCUACCGCUUGUGCCACAAAGUCUCAGCAGUUUCGGGCGACUACCGUUUGUCGAUACUGAUACUACAGCUCCACACGUUUCUUAUGCAUGUAGCUGUUACUAUAAGCUUUGAGAAGAUGUGAGUAGCAUUGAGUUUCUGUCCUGCGCUGUGGACUGAGCUGCGGUCCUCGUCGUUUCUCUAGUCGCCACUAUCACAGUUACCGCCAGUACACCCGCCAUCACUGCCGUCACUUCGACCCACUUAUUCCCGACGAAUACCUGACGGGAGGCCAUAAGCGCUGAGCGGCACAGUCGACCCGUCGAUCAGUCAGUCACAGGAAAAGAAACUAUUUACUUUCAUCUGUCCUGUGCGGAGUGCACAGCAUUUGGCCUUCGCCAAGUCGGACGGUAGUAGUAGCAGCCGGAGAAGAAACCUCCGUCGCCACGAUGGCCGUUGCGAUAGAAUUGAUUAGCUAAAUUAUGUUAGGACCAUCGAAUCGGCAUGAGGAUAGGCUCUGCCCCUGUACCAAAAAUGAGAAGAAAUCUUCAAGGGCCAUCAAAGGGAUCAUCGUUGCCGCUGCUACGCCACAGCUGCGCUCCUUGUGCCCCCGUCGGCGCUAUCCCCAUCAGCGCCUAGGAGGAUUCGAACGAAGCCUGCGAGUUUUGUGGCGUCCGUUACCUUGGCGUUACCUCCACACGACGUAGAACGCCACAACUGCGAGACUACGGCUGUUAGUGGGGCUGGGGUUGAAACGUGGUUUCGGCUCAGAAGAAAGCCGCGUCAAGGAGAAAGAGGGGCGCCGGAUGAAGUGGAGACGGUCAGGCGACCUUUCAGAAAUGAAAGAACACGGAAGUGGAAAAACGAAAUAGUGACAGUGGUAGAGGUGCGAAAAAUGGUCCAAAAAUUGGAAUAGUAGGCGCGUGUGAAAGAGACAGCGAAAAAUCAAAGGAAGAGAAAGAUAAUACGUGAGAUUCCGCAAAGAUUUGGCACUCUUCUUCUCAUGGUUCUUAUUUGAGAUGUCAAGACAGGCCGCGGACUGGCUUUCCGACAAUUUCUUCACAGAUAGCGAAUUUGUUACCAUUCGCUGCCUGACAGUUUUGCGGUUAUUCGUUAGUGUCACGUUUGAUUCACGAUCAACCAAGACUAAAUUGACUCUUGCCCAAGCUAAUAUAGCACAACCCUAUUAACCUAGGAGGUUCCCGAUAUGAUAACGUCUGUGUUUACUAGACUCGCGAGCAACUUAAUACAUUCACCGCAUAGAUAAACCUUAAGCUUAACUUUCACGAGCCCUUAAGAAAAAUAAUUCUCCGUUGAAGCAAAACUAAAAGCUACGUUUACUACCCCCAGUUUCAAAAGAAAUAAAUUCGUAACGUUAAUCCAGGCGUGCUGAAUUUCGAAUUAUGCCCAAAAAUUGCUUUGAGUAUCUUCUCCUUUAGAUAGGCCUAUAUUCAAAAGAGACUAUUAAUGAUCCUGCUGAAGACAGGCAUCUCUUCAGUACGUUCCAUUGACCCGUAGUGGUCAUUAUGCACUUCGAGGCACAAUGGCUAGACUAGGAAACAUGUGUCUUUAACAGUUUCGUAUCAGACCGCUAGUGACCACCAUUCGCUACUAUUGCCGCGGUAGUGAAUGGCCGAUGCCUCCGGGUUUGCGGUUCUGUCCGUGUUUUUCUAUUAAUCAUCACUAAAUUCACGGUUCUACUAGCUAAUAUAUUACUGUAUGAGACAGAACACCACUAAACCCCUGUCCGCAAUCUCUCAGCUGCUUAGAAUCAGACAAACGACACCCGACAACCACGUUCUGUUUUAGUUAAGUUAGUGGAGAAAAGAGCACUAUCCAUUGACCCUUAAACGCGCAAGAAGAGGCUAGUGAGUAAAAUCGACGUAUAGUUGGCUUUUUACUGUUCAACGGCUUGCUAUCUAUUUGCCUCUAAUAAUCUAAAUGCAAAACGCUAAGAAUGUAGAAAUGCACAGGGGUAAGGCUUGUCUGACCUUCUUACUAGCCUGCUUCUUCUUGUUCGCGUAUGUAAUGAGCUCGUACCGUCCUAAAAGCCCCGUUUCCCCAACUUCUGACAUACCCCUAAGACCCCACCACUUUUUUUACUUGGAUUUCGCGGUCUAGUGCUCAAGUACGAACUGACGCAAAAAAAGUUGUGAGUCUUUUUUAAGUGCCCCUUAAAACAUGGAGCCCCAAUACUCGCAGUGUACAAUUUGCUCGGAAGGAAAAGUUUUUGCAAACUUCCAACGAAUUUGACCAAAGACUAUCACUGUCGUUUUAAAUGCAUGCUACAAGCGCGACCGACCAAACCACUGUCAGACCAAGCACCGACGCCGCCUAUUCUGGGUCCUGAAGAAGCAAGGCCUUGCUUUCAUAAGUAUUUGGAGGAGUUAGAUAUUAGGUCGGUCUGUGGAGUGAUGGCUAGUCGCGCGCGCACAGAACGUAACGGUGAAAAAAAGUGAACGCAUGCAUAGUGUAGUUAUCAAGUAGAUAUUAUGAAGUUUUGCAAUGAACCGUGAGUGCAGCACUAUGAGAGUAAUCGGCAACAGAAUAUCUUUGUUUGGUCUUUCCGGUAGUUUCGGUGCGAUAGUCAAUAGAAUAAUAAUAACAAUAAUAAUAGCGUCUGCUCCAGCCCGCUAAAAUUACAUCCGGCCAGACGUCAGACCCAGCCGUACAACUGGCUUUACUUAAUGUUUUAAUAAUAGCAAUAUUUAGCCUUAUCUAUUUCAAAGCCUUACAUAGCAAGGCUGACUUUUUAAAAGUCACAAUCGAAAUUUAGGCCACUUAAUUGAAGCUACUGACGAGCCUUACGAGAAGGACAGACACCACUGAAAGAUAUAAAAGGAAGCAACGAAUACGAAGAGAGAGAACUAGAUAUAAAUAUUUUAAAAAAUCUUUAUAAAUCUUUAAGGAAAAUCAGUCUUGCAAGCGCGAAUUAAGCCAGAGAGCCGGCCUCAUAUGAGCGCGUCUCUCCGGUCGAGCGAUUAUAAGGAUGGACCGAACUC